CAUUCACCAAUCGUCCUCUCAAGUUCUUAAUUGAUGGUGGGGUGCACGCAGGGCUCCUCGUGGCCCGCCAAACGACCGUUUUGAGCAACAACACAUGGCGUCACUGGCUUGAUUCAACACCACACCGUUUGUUGGCGGAGCAGCACAAUGGCAAAGGACGAAGUUACAGAACAAUCCGAGUUGUGGUCGUCACCGCCCCAUGGCACCCCCCACACGAUCCGGCCAAAGACUCCCCGGACACCAAAGACGCCCAAAACGCCCACCACCACCGAGCAGCGAGAUGAGGAUGAUGACCCUGACGCCGCAUUAAAAAGGGAGUUAGAAGGGGUGAGAGGCAUCAAUGAGUCGCUCGAGGGUGUUCUCGCUACACUCGAGCGAGCAGGAGGCAACAUGAAUGUUGUAGCUGCCACUGUGGGCCAUGCGUCAACACUGCUGAGCUCGUGGACUCGCAUUCUCUCGCAGACUGAACACAAUCAACGCCUCUUGCUGAAUCCUGCGUGGAAGGGUACAACCGAGGACCAGGCCGAGCAGGAGGCCGAAGUUCUGAGGAAACGACAGGCUGCCGAACGACGGGCCGCUGAGGCGGAAAGACGCGAGGAGCUCAGACGGCGACAACGAGAGGAACAGGAGGAGAAGCAACGGGCGCCGCCGACGAGAACAAGAAGCACACGAGCAGCUCCAGGUGUCCGUGGCACGCGGGCCAGCCGAGCCCGAGCUGCUAGUUCCGCAGCCGCAAGAGCAGGCACAAGCUAUCUGUCCGAUGGGCCAUCCACCACCAGCAGUCGAGGAACUUCAGGUAUCGGCCGCGGCAUUGGGUCGACACGAGGACGCGGCAGAGGUGCUAGAUGAACGUCCCGCUGCACCUGUAAUGAGAACCAUGAUACCCAUGA